ACACAGUAGAGAGACAUGCAGAGUCCGGCAAUGAUUGGUCUGAGUGUCCUGCUUUUGCUGGCGGCCAGCAGCCAGGCACGCCUCCUGCCCAUCCAAAAUGAGGUGCUGUGGUCAGCGGAUUUGAUCGAAGCGCCGCUGGAGGUGCAGCAAGAUGAGCUAGCAGGAAGAGCGGCUGGCUGCUCCAUUAAGAUCAGAAGCACUGAAAUGAAAAAUCCACAACCGUUGCUUAUUAAGCCUGGCACCUCGGAAUUUUUCCCGUUCUCGGCAACUGGCUUUGUGGAUGUGGAGUAUGACAAGACCAUUGAGUUCCACUGCACCAGCAGUCUGGACUCACCUCUUUCUGGCAAAUUCGUAACGGCCAAGUGUGUGGGUGGCACAACCUUUAAGGUUGGCGACAAGCAGCAUGAUAUAUCCGCGAUUAAGUGCACUUCCUGGCCGGCAUUUGUGGCCAAGAAGUCUGGAGCUAAGUGCAAUGGUGGCACUACCCUUGUCAAUGUCGGCUUUGAGCUGAGCGGCUCCCGUUUUGCCAAAGAAUACGAGGUAUGCUUCAAUGAGGAUGAAGAGGUAACUCGCUACGUUUACCAUACUCUCAGUGCGGGCAGCAAUUAUUAUGCCACCGGUGUGGAUCGCAUUACCUUUGGAACCGGCGGCUUCUUUGCUGGCAAGAAUGUGGACAAGCUGUACACACAGGCGGUGCAGAAGGAGACAAUUGACAAGACCUUGGGCAUGGAUUCAUCGAAAUACUUUGACUCACCGAAGAAUGUAUUCCUCGCACGCGGUCACAUGGGCGCUAAGGCGGACUUUGUUUAUCCACCCGAGCAGCGUGCCACAUUCCUGUUUAUCAAUGCGGCACCACAGUGGCAGACCUUCAAUGCUGGCAACUGGGCACGUGUCGAGGAUGGCGUCCGGGCGUGGGUAUCGAAGAACAAAAAGUAUGUAGAAUGCUGGACGGGUGUUUGGGGUGUCACCACCCUGCCCAACAAGGAUGGCAGGCAGACCAGUUUGUAUUUGGCUUUCGAUAACAAUGGCAAUGGUCUGAUACCCGUUCCCAAAAUCUAUUUCCGUGUGGUCAUCGAACCAAGCACCAAGAAGGGCAUUGUCUUUGUCGGUGUCAACAAUCCGCACUUGAGUCUGGAUGAGAUCAAACGCGAUUACAUUCUGUGCAACGAUGUCAGCGAUAAGAUCAACUGGAUCAGCUGGAAGCGCGCCGAUAUCCUAGCUGGCUACUCCUACGCCUGCGAAGUGCCCGAAUUCCGUAAAAAGGUUACUCACUUGCCAGAGUUCUCUGUGAGUGGUUUGCUCGUUUAGUUUUAAAUAAGAUUGAAUAAAAGAAUACUACGAAUAUGUAAAAUUUA